AUGUCGAGGGACACCGCCAUACGGAAGAACACAUUCCUGCAAAGCCUGAAGGACCAGAACCGGGUGCUGUACUACUCGCUGAUUGCGCAGCACCUCAAGGCGCUCGUCCCGAUCAUCGACACCCCACGCAGGUUCGCUACAAACAGCCGGAUCUCACCUCUCUAG